AUGGCCGGAAGGAACUCCUUCCGGCCAUCAAAUUUGUAUGGUCUUGAUGACGGGGAGGGAUUCUUUCUGGUCAUUGAGACUGGGGGAUUGGAAAGACAACUCCCGUCCAAUGACCCCUUGACUAGGGUUGACAGCGCACUACCUGAGGCGUGUCAAUGUGCAGCGCACUACCUGAGGCGUGCCAAUGUGUGGGCGCUGCGCACGCACAAAAUCUGGAAAAAUGGGUGGAUGGUGUGCACUUCUAACCCUAACUUUGGUGGGGAGAGCGUGGAGGCUCCCAAGAUCUCCCUGAAGCAGCAAUGGGUCUAUACUAUACUUUACUAUAACUGGCCCUUUUUAGUAUAG